AUGGCUCGAUCUCGGGCUCGAACUCGCCAGCUGGCCCCUGGCACUGGUGGCGUUGGGGACGCCCUUGCAACUAGUGAUAGAAAGAAAGCUUUCUCGUCUGAAAUCAAACAGCAUGAAGGAUCUCAGUCCAAUGCAACGUCGGGGUCUGCAAGUAACGUUCGUCUUGACGUAGAUGGUGGCGGGACGAUAAUUAGGAUGCAGGAGCCGCACACAGAGGCUGGGACAAAGGUGCAUGCAGAAGAAAGUGAUAAAUCUGACGGGAAAGAAGUGGUAAAGGAAUCGUCAUUCGAUCGGCCUGCAGAAUUAGAUGACAAGUCAGCUUCUGAAUCUGAAGUGGAAGAGGAAUGUCACAAAAGAUCUCCUUCUCCAAGACGAGCAGCUGAUCUAGACAGAAUCCAAGCUGAGAUUGAUACACUUAAACGAUUCGCCGAUACCUCGGGAAUGUCACAGGUGGGCAAGUAA